UUCCUUGUUUCUCCGGUGUACAAAGUUAAAGACAACUACAUACUCUUGCUAAUGAGUUCCCAAACUGGUCUUAAUAUGAACUUUGACUUAUUGCAAGUAAAUGGCGUCUCAACGCAGUACCCAGGAAACAGAAGCAGCGCUCAGUCACAAACUAUACCGGACUUACCUGCUUUUGACGGACUUUUUCAAUCGACAGCUUCUUUGUCUUCUGCGUAUCCUAGAGGAGACUCCGCCCUCAGGGGCCGACAUUACGCAGCAAAUUUGCCCAGUUAUGCCACUAAUAUUGGCUGGACAGUUAACAAUUCCGACUCAAGACUUAAUCCGCUGCUAGGCAGCUUAAAUUCACGCUCACAAGCUUUCAGGGAUGCAAUUAACUCCCCCCAGCCCAGCAUUGAUGAGUUAACAACACUCCAGGGUUUUCUAUUGCCUCCACAGUUUCCAAUUAGUGACUAUAGACUUGAAACCUCUUUACUAGAACCCAACCGGGUAACUUGUCAAUUCAAUGUUCCAAACACUCAUGGAGUAGGGCCGCAGAGAUAUGUAUUACCUGGAAAAAAUUUUAAUACUAUUGAUAGAACACAUGAAUUAAAUCAACCACCUAUUCCAACCUAUAAAAAAUUAAGGGUUUGCGAUGAAUGCAAAGCUACUGGAACACCCCAAUGGCGCCGGGGCCCUAAUGGAGAGGUAAACCUUUGCAACGCUUGCGGACUGCGAUUUGAAAAGCGGACGAAAAAAAAAGGAAAAACAACUAACUUUAAAAAUAAGCCGAAGCGUCGAAUAAUAAAAAAUAGACUUAAGUUAUAAAAGUAAAGCAAACGAACAAAGCACGUCCUAAAGGAAAACUAAAAAAGUGCUUGU